UUUGUUUGAGACGGAAAUCUAUAGAUAUAGCUUCGGCGUUUUAAGUGCGUUGGAAUGAACAUUAAAUUGGAAGUUUUGUUUAGUUAAAGUAAGUAUUUAAAAAAAAAAUUAAAAAAAAAUUAAAGUUUUCAUCGAAUUGCAGAUAUCUGAUUAAUAUUUUGUUUAACCAUUUUAUCCCGACACUUAAUUAAAGUCGCCAAUUUGUCUGUUAGUUAUAGACAAUACUAGGUGUCUGAUGACUAGAGACAAUACCAGUGUCUUAAAGAAGAAAUUUUAUUUCUUAUGUUAUGGUUUUUAAACGAAUCAGUGAAUAAGAAAGACGUUAAGAUUAUUUUUUUUUUCAGUUGAAAAAUUAUGGAUUCAAAAACAUUAGAAAAAGUCCAUCCCAACCCAUUACUUCAUUUAAUACUUCAAAGAUAUACUGAAACAGCUCGAAAUUCUAUUCAUGGGCCUGUUGCGUUAAAAGAUGAUCUUCCACAAAUCGCAGUAAAGAAAACUGUUAGGCACACUUCCAGUUCCGAAAUUCCCUUAGAGUUUCAAUAUAGAACAACAUACCUAGAAGGUUACACUGUAGCAUGCUUUUUAGUUGGAGGAGAAAAGCGCUUGUGUUUUUCUGAAUUAGUUCAUACUGUAUUAAAGGACAUAAAUGUUCAGGAAAUAUUUGAAAAAAGGGACAAACUGCUAAUAUUUACAUCAAAAUGCUCAAUGAAACAGUUAGAUGAACUAAAGUAUAAUGGUGUUCUACCCUGGACAUCAUCUUCAAGUAAUUUGAUAACAAAAAGUGAUUCUUACAGGUUAAUAGGAGCCUUGCAAAAUCAUUUAGCACCAAAAGAUAGGAACACUUGUAGCCCAUCUUCUUUUCAAAUUUACCAUGAAUGUUUUGGUGGUUGUGGUGGUGUAUUUGAUGCAGAACGUUAUGUUAAGCCACAAUCACUAUGUAUAAAAUGUGAUACGUGUAAAGGACUUUUUUCUCCACCGAGUUUUACAACUCAUAGCCAUAGUUCAUUUGACAAUGUGCACACUUGUCAUUGGGGGUUUGAUACAGUUCGAUGGAGAUCAUAUAUAAUGCUGGUAGAAAAUCAAGUUACUCCCGAUUUGAUAAAAACAUGGAACGAUAUAAAGUUGAAAUUUAAUAAUACAAAAAUAGUUAAGAGUGCACAAUAUGUUGGAAAAGAUCAAAUCAUGGCAAAAUACCCAGCAAAAAAGGAUAAACAAGAUAGAGACGUAUUACCUUUAGAAAUUAUUUCAAGUUCUUAUCUACCAAAAAAUAAUACUUCAGCAUUUCAACCAUGGUCAUUAAAAAACAGACAAGACCAUAUACUUGAAAGCUCUCAAAACAACAAAUACACAGUUUUAAAAACACCAAAUCAUUCCAAUGUUGAUAACCCAUGUUUAACGAAAGUUAAUGAUUCCAAAGUUUGUAGGUUUCAGUCUUCAGUUUAUAUGGAUUGUGUUCAUUGCAAAAAUGCUGUCGAAUCCAAUUCUAAAUUUUGUGACAUUUCCGAAAAAAUUAAUGAAGAUAUAAAACCUAAAAUUGAACCAAAUUUUGAAAAUAUUCAAAACCAAGAAAAAACCUUUGAGUUAAUGAUUAAAAAAGUAUUAGAAAAGUAUAUUUCUAUAGACACUGUUAAUGUCAAGGAUUUAGUUCAUCACUUAUCUAAUGAGUUUAAACAGCUGAACAUUUCACAAGAUAAAAGGCUCCAAGAAGCGCUUAUAAUGAACCACCAUCUUGAAAAUGAGUUGCAAUCGGUCAAACUAAAAAGCAAAAAAAAGAUUGCAGAAAUUAAAAUUGAAAAAGAUCAAAUUGAGCAAGAGAUUGAAACUUUGCACAGAGAACGUCAAAAAGAAAUAACUCUGUUUAAUCAAAUGAGGUGGGAGCUUAAUCAUGAGGUUUCUAAAAAUAAGGUAAACAAGGCAGAUGAUAUAGAAACAAUACAAAAGGAAAAUAUACUUCUGAAAAUGAAACUUGAACAAAUACUUGUUGAUCGAGAAAACUUGCAUAAGCAAUUAACUUGGCAGUUGAAUAAAAAAAAAAACCAAUCGUGGAUGCCAUUUCCUUUAACAGCCCAAAAUUUUUCAAGUUGCGAAGAUAAAUACACAGAAUACAACACAUUUAAAAGGGCAUCUAGUUGUUGUGAUUCAUCAAUGGCAAAUAGUUCACUUAGCCCUGCUCCAAAGUCACGUAAAAUUGAUUAUCCUAGAACUAUAACUUCAACUAUUACCCAAAUAAAUACAGCUGUAAGUGAGGAAAAUAGUGACAUUGAUGUGGAUGACUGAAAGAUUUAUUACCAACGAUUCGCUCAUCUCCUUAAUAACGUUGGUUUGAUAACCUUAUAAAUAAAAAGUUCCAUCUUAGUGUAAUCCUUAGAUAUUAAAAAGGUUUUUAUAACCUAAAAUAUUAUGCUUCUCAAGUGUUGCAUAGUUGCAAAUGUUAUGCUUCUCAACUGUUGCAUAGUUACCUCUGUGAAAUCUAGUCAGAUUUUAGGAAUGAAUUGUAUUUUAAGCCAAAAAUAUUCAUUUUGUUAGAUAAUUCAGCUUAAAUAAUCCUGGCUUAAAAAGUCUUGCUGAUAAAAUAUUGUGUUAUUUAUUUUAUUGUGUUUUUUUUAUGAAGAUAUUUUUGCUGAGCAAGCGUUUACCAUUUUAUGAUCGAAAUUUUUUUUCUCAUAAACUGAUGUUUAUUUUCAUAGUAUUGAACAUUAUCUUAAGAUAUUUUUGAGUACAAGAAAGUUUUUAUUUUUCAGGUGGAAAAUUUUUUUUUUUUAAUUUUUACAAGUUUAACAUGUUACCUUCUGUAAAUAAAUUAUUCUAAAAACAAACUUCUGUUAUUUGGUGUAUAUAGCCAUAUGUAACUCUGUAUGUAAUUCGUUAUAAAUUUAUAUGAAAAAAGUUAUUAUUCUUUUA